UUCUGAAGCAUCAGUUCUGAUGUUUGAAUACAUGUUAGAAGAUAAUGAAGAUUUAAUGGCUUCUUUUGAAAAAUAUUUGGAUCCUAAAGAUGUUACAUUCAUCAAAGAACUUAUUCAAGGAGUAGGAGAACAGCGUAAAGAUGAGAUUUUUAUAUGAGAUUGUAGUUAAUAAAAGGAGUGGACUAGAUGUUAGUAUGAUUGAUAGUACAAUGAGAGAUGCAGAAGUAUUGGGAAAGAAUGUCACCUUUUUUAAAUGGAGGGAAUUUUUUAACAAAGUUCAUGUCUUGAGGUGUGAUGAUGACGAAUUACAUAUUUGUGUUCAGAAAGAUACUUUAGAAACAUGCAAUGAUUUGUUUAGAAUUGGUCAAAGCAAUUACCGAGAAUUGUAUUGCUUACAGAAGAACAGAGCUGCUGCUACAAUGUUGAAAAGAAUAUUGGUUAGAUCAAACAAAACACCAUUGAUUGAAGAUAAAAAUGGUAGGCGAGUGACUUUAUCUGAAGCUACAAAAAGCAUGUUUGCUUAUACUCAACUCAACGACAGUAUUCUUAAUACUAUCAAAUCUCAAGUUGAUGAUCCUGAAGUACAACUACUUUUAAAGUGUUUGGACACAAUGAAACUCACAGCACAAAUCGGUCAUGUUACAUCAACAGCUAAAUGGGAUGAAUAUAAAAUAAAAAAACACAUUGUGAAAGGCACCAAGAGUUGUGAUAUUGAAGAUAGCCUUAUCAUUGAUCCUAUAAAAAAUGGAUACGAAGAUUAUGAAUCUCUCACCCAAUACUAUUACACUAGUGAUGGAAAAACAGGACAAUGGACUCAUGAAUGGGCACAACCAAAAUCAUAUUUUAAUAAAGGAUUACAUUUACGUAUUUUUCUGGUAAGUGGUGACAGAAACUUGAUGAAGGAAGUGCAAGAGUAA